UAUAAAUGUAUAUUGCAAAAGUUUAAUGUAACUUAGUUUUAGCUAGCCUUUGUAUUAAGCUGCAGCGCGCGUCGCAUUCCCGCAUUUAGACACGCUUAAAAUGGCUCAGACACGCGUUGCAACUGCUACAACAACAGCAACCCUUAAUGGCACGGCAGCAACAUCGGCCGCCAAAACAAAUGGUGUCGUCCCAAGCCUGCUGGGUGAGGAUAACUGGGCGGAAUUUGAAAUUGACGUUCCUUGGGGCACCAUAGCUGGGAAAUGGUGGGGCGCUCGCAACAAGCAACCCAUUUUGGCGCUGCAUGGCUGGCAGGAUAACUGUGGCAGCUUUGACAAGCUAUGUCCAUUGUUGCCGGCGGAGUUCUCUGUGCUGGCCAUAGAUCUGCCGGGACAUGGCAAGUCCUCGCAUUAUCCGCAGGGCAUGCAAUACUUCAUCUUCUGGGACGGCAUCUGCUUGAUCCGACGCAUUGUUCGAAAGUAUAACUGGAAGAAUGUGACACUGUUGGGUCAUUCGCUGGGCGGUGCGCUCACUUUCAUGUAUGCCGCCAGCUUUCCGGAUGAGGUGGCCAAGCUGAUUAAUAUAGACAUUGCUGGACCCACGGUACGAGGCGUGAAACGCAUGGCCGAGGGCACUGGCAAGGCACUGGACAAAUUCCUAGACUACGAGACGCUGCCGGAGAGCAAACAGCCCUGCUACUCCUAUGAUGAAAUGAUCAAACUUGUGCUGGACGCAUACGAUGGCUCUGUGGAUGAGGAUUCUGUGAAAGUACUUAUGAAGCGAGGCAUGAGACCUAACCAGAAAGGGUAUCUAUUCGCGCGAGAUCUGCGGCUAAAGGUCAGUUUGCUGGGCAUGUUCACGGCAGAGCAAACCUUGGCAUAUGCACGGCAAAUCCGCUGCAAGGUGCUAAAUAUUCGAGGCAUUCCGGGCAUGAAUUUCGAGAAUCCCGAAGUCUACGCUGAUGUGAUAGCAACGCUCAAGCAGCAUGCAGCCUCUGUCGUCUAUCUGGAAGUGCUUGGAACGCAUCAUCUACAUCUAGUCACGCCGGAGCGAGUGGCGCCGCACAUUACGAACUUCCUGCUGGACAAGUAGAGAUGAGGCGAUGUCCGCCCGCUCCCUUAGCUAUGUAAGAGGCUUGAUAAGUGUAGAUAGAUACGGAUUGUUUGAAAAAGUAUUAAACAGCGACUAGAUGGUGGAAGAAAUGCAAA